AUGUCGUUCCAACGCUCCAGCGCCCUCGAAUCGCAGCCCACGACCUGGCGACGAGAAGACGAUGCAUCAUACGCCGAUGACCCCGAGUUCCGCGACUUUGCUACAAAGCUCUCCGACGACCUCUUCGCCCUCACACGCAACGUAGCCCGCCUAUCGCAAGAGACGGCCAAGCUAGGGACCAAGCACGAGACAGCCCGUGUGCGCGAGCGUGUCAAGACAACAGUCGAAGAGACAUCAGACAAGUUCAAAGAGCUGGGUGAGGGCCUCAAGAAGAUUACAACAUGGCCCGAUGUCGGGCCCUCGCAAAAGUUCACCCAGUCCAAGCUCCAGCGCGAGUUCAAAGCCACCCUCACAGAGUUCCAGCACCUCCAGAAGCAGGCUUUAGAGAAGGAGAAGCAAUCGGCUCAAGCGGCACGCACAGCCCUGCAAGACGCAUCAUCGCCAAGCGACGAGCGGGGAGGAGAGUUUGGACAGCAGCAGGAGCAGGAACAGCUGCGCUUGGCAAACCAGGACGAAGUUGACUUCCAGGAAUCGCUCAUUAUCGAGCGCGAGUCUGAGAUCCGUAACAUCGAGCAGUCGGUCGGUGAGCUCAACGAGCUGUUCCGUGAUGUCGCCCACAUGGUGCAUGAACAAGGUGCCCAGCUCGACAUCAUCGAGGAGAACGUCGACACUACACACGAUGCGUCGCGAGGCGCACACAUCAAUCUCAAACAGGCGAGCAACUACCAGAAGAGCGCCAGAAGUAAGGCGUGCAUUCUGUUGCUCAUCCUUGCCAUUGUACUCGUAAUCAUUGUCCUGGCUGUUGCUCUGGACUAA